AUGAUGAACGAGUGGAUGAACAUCGGAGACCCCAACGUGCAGCAAAGGGCUCAAUUGUACCAGAUUUCUUGUUGCUGUCAAGUACUGGGUUCCACCUCUCUCUUCGUCAACUACUUUCCCAACACCGAUCGUGACAGCCUCGCUCCACCCAUCUCUGCCGUCUCCAUAAUGGUUCAACGCAAGACCAUUCUACAAGGCGUCCUCGUUUACCUCAUCAGCAAGGGCUGGAAACGCAUUGCCACCUUCUACGAUAUCUACACCACCAUUCCUGACAUCCCGGAGACGCUCAACUCAAUCUUAUCCACACUUCACCUCUCUCAAAACAGCUAUAGCGCGCUUCGACUCUUAACCAGU